GCGCGGCAGGACCCGCACAUGCGCAGUGCUCACGCUGCCGCCGCGCUCCCUCCCCCGGGCCGAGUUGGCAGCGCAGCAACUGGGGUCGGGACGCGCAGGGCUAUGGCCGAGGGCAGCGGGGAAGUGGUCGCAGUGCCGGCGUCUGGGGCUGCCAACGGCCUCAGCAAUGGGGCAGGCGGGACCUCGGCGCCCACCAACAAUCCGUUAUCGCGCAAGCUGCAUAAGAUCCUGGAGACUAGGCUGGAUAACGACAAGGAGAUGUUGGAAGCUCUCAAGGCACUCUCAACCUUUUUUGUUGAAAAUAGUUUGCGGACUCGAAGAAAUUUACGUGGAGAUAUUGAACGUAGAAGUUUAGCCAUCAAUGAAGAAUUUGUAGGCAUUUUCAAGGAAGUGAAGGAGGAACUUGAAAGCAUAAAUGAAGAUGUUCAAGCAAUGAGCAACUGUUGUCAAGAUAUGACAAAUCGCCUGCAGGCGGCAAAGGAACAGACUCAAGAUUUAAUAGUAAAAACUACUAAGCUUCAAUCUGAAAGUUAUGUUAAUUAUUUUUCAGGUGAAUGCAGAACAUUGACACAGGAAUCAUGUGAUAUAUCUCCAGUAUUAACUCAGGCAAUGGAAGCCCUACAGGAUAGACCCGUCUUAUAUAAGUAUACCUUAGAUGAAUUUGGAACAGCCAGAAGAAGUACAGUUGUUCGUGGAUUUAUUGAUGCUCUUACAAGAGGGGGCCCAGGAGGUACACCUAGACCUAUUGAAAUGCAUUCUCACGACCCUUUGAGGUAUGUGGGAGAUAUGUUGGCUUGGCUCCAUCAAGCUACUGCUUCUGAAAAGGAACACCUUGAAGCUCUCUUGAAGCAUGUAACUACACAAGCGAUAGAUAAACACUUCUCACCUAGAUGUGGCAUUGUUGGAAAUAGUGCAACUACAUUAUUGACUACCAUUGAAGAAAUGCAUUUGCUAAGCAAAAAAAUAUUCUUCAAUAGCUUGAGUCUUCAUACAAGUAAAUUAAUGGACAAGGUUGAACUCCCACCACCUGAUCUUGGACCAAGUUCUGCACUAAAUCAGACGCUCACGCUGCUGCGUGAGGUUUUGGCAUCUCAUGAUUCCUCAGUUGUGCCAUUAGAUGCUCGUCAAGCAGAUUUUGUGCAGGUUUUAUCGUGUGUCUUAGAUCCUCUUCUCCAGAUGUGUACUGUAUCAGCCAGCAAUUUAGGCACAGCCGACAUGGCCACAUUCAUGGUCAAUUCACUGUAUAUGAUGAAGACGACGCUAGCUCUAUUUGAAUUCACCGACAGACGUCUGGAAAUGCUACAAUUUCAGAUUGAAGCACAUUUGGACACGCUUAUAAAUGAGCAAGCGUCUUAUGUUUUAACUAGGGUAGGCUUGAGUUAUAUCUAUAACACUGUACAGCAACAUAAACCCGAACAGGGUGCUUUAGCUAAUAUGCCCAACCUAGAUUCCGUGGCACUGAAGGCUGCAAUGGUUCAGUUUGAUCGUUACCUGUCAGCCCCAGACAACCUGUUAAUGCCACAGCUGAACUUUCUGCUAAGUACCACAGUGAAAGAGCAGAUCGUAAGGCAGUCCACAGAAUUAGUCUGCAGAGCCUACGGUGAAGUGUAUGCAGCUGUGACGGAUCCAGCCAAUGAAUACAAAGAUCCAGAGAGCAUCCUACACCGAUCGCCGCAGCAAGUGCAGACACUUCUCUCUUAAUUACCUUACUGGAUUGUGUUAGCAAGACAUUGCAUCUCUAAAACACUGUACGUUAUUUUGUUCUUUAGUCCAUUAAUCUUUACUUUGAAAUGUGAUAGUUCCAGUUUUCUUUAUAUCGUAACAUUAUGGGUCCCAAUGAUUUGUUUUGGUCUCAAUAACAUGAAGUAAGUAACAUGUCGACCUGAGAUAGUAAUGCUCUGUAUCUUCCCUCUAUACAGAGAUGCUCUAUUCCCUGCUAGCUGCCUCUCCAGCUCUGUAGUUUCCCCUCUAUUCUGAAAGCAAAAAGUAGUAUGAAAGGUUUGAGGGAUUUUUUUUUUUUACAAGACUAUCUCUAAAUUAACAGCAUAUAAAAAAUUUGUCUAAACUUAAUAAUUAGUAGGAGGGUAUGAUUUAAUAAAUGUCUCUGUACCUAAAUAUUCAUUUGCUUUCUCCUUAAUGUAAGUAGAUAUACUUAGUAGCUUUUUGGACCUAGCCUAUGUCACAGCCCUUAAAGAGUUGUUA